GAGCCAGGCCUCGGACCUUUUCUUUUCUUUUCUUUUCUUUUUCCUAAAUAAUUGCACGUAUCCUAAUUUGGUCAAUUAGGGUUCAUAUUUGGGUUUCAGCUAAUUUCGGAUUCGAAUGAUUUUCCAAUCAGCUUCAAAAUCAUAGGCUUCUCAUCUUUGGGCUCUCAAUUCCCUAAGGCGCGCCCUCCGAAGGGAGCUCGCCUUUCCGAAUCAUGGCCCCAUUCGCCAAAUCCAGAUCCUCUCUCAUCGUCGUCAUGAUCACCUUAGUCUUCACCAUCGCCUCCUUCCCCACCAUCCGAUCCGAGCACCACUCCUCGGCCAUCCGAUUACCAUCCGAAGAUGACGGAAAUAACUGCGCCGGAGGAUCCGUGCCUGCCUCCUGCCCCAUCAAGUGCUUCCGGCCCGACCCAGUUUGUGGCGUCGACGGCGUCACCUACUGGUGCGGCUGCCCCGAAGCUCUGUGCGCCGGCGUCAAGGUCGCCAAGUUCGGAUUCUGCGAGGUUGGCAAUGGCGGGCCGGGCCCUCUCUCCGGCCAGGCCCUCCUUCUGGUCCAUAUCGUAUGGCUGAUUGUGCUCGGCUUUUCCGUCUUGUUCGGGCUUUUCUGAAGGGUUUUGGGCUCUUCAGGGACUUCAUAUCACGGAUUGAUUGCUCAGGUUUUUCUUUUUAGUCAUUUUUUUGUGAGAGUUCGUGGGUGAGAGGAGCGGUAUUCGGUGCAUAUUUUUUUGUCUGUAUGAUAGAGGCACAUAUACGGCUAUUGUUUGUCUUCUCCCCAAUAUUCUUUUUGUUAUAUAUAAGCUCCAUUCUUUUCUUUCGUGAUGGAUGUGGGUUUGAUUUUCCUUCUGUGUUUCUUAUUAUUAAAUUCGUAGGAGUUAUUGAGAUUAUCAGAACGUUCUUAUUAUGGAUUAACGGUGAAGGAUUGAAGUUAAUUGACCCAGUCUAAGAUUGCUUUUUUGUUGGCAAAAUAAGGAAAAUUAUUAGUUUCCGGGAAUGGAGUAUUCUUAGUUCUAUCCUAUCUAUUAGAGGAAACUACAGAGCAUAUUUUAUGGGGCUGUCCUUCAGCUGCAGAUGUAUGGAACGUUUGUUCAAAGGCAAUACAGAAAUGUAGGUAGAUGUUUCUUUGAUGUUUUCUCACAA